GUGACGGUAACGUCAAUAACAACAUUUGAUACAACCAGCGUAAUAAUAGUGUCACGAUAUCGGUCUCAGAGCGUUACAUUCACAACAAUGUCUUCGGAUUUUGAAGCAUAUGAGCAGGAGUUUGGUACUCUCACCGCGGAAAUUACCAACAAAAUUGGAAGAAUACCUAAACUUAGUGGAGAGGACAAGACGCAGCUGGUUCUAAAUGUCGACAAACAGCUCGAGGAAGUCAGAGAGUUGUUGGAGCAGAUGGACCUGGAGGUGCGAGAGAUCCCCAUCCAGAGCAGAGCGAUGUACAACAGCCGACUGAAGAGCUAUAAACAGGAGGUGGAGAAGCUCGAGAAGGACUUUAAAAGGUCACGUAUUGCCUACAGUGAUGAGGUGCGGAACGAGCUCCUGGGGGAUGAUGGGAGCUCCUCAGAGAGUCAGUUGAUAAAGUUACGUGAAGAGAGAGCACAUCUGUUGGACAACACAGAGAGGCUGGAAAGGUCAUCUCGGAGACUGGAGGCUGGCUACCAGAUAGCAGUGGAAACCGAACAAAUUGGCCAGGAGAUUCUAUCCAAUCUGCACAGUGACCGUGAGAAGAUCCAGAGAUCCAGAGACCGGUUGAGAGAGACUGAUGCGAACUUGGGCAAGAGCUCCCGUGUCCUGUCGGGCAUGCUGAGAAGGGUCAUUCAGAACCGCAUCCUGGUCUUCAUCCUGGGCGCCAUCCUCCUCCUCACCAUCAUCCUGGCCAUCUAUUUCAAUCUGCGAGGCCACUGAUCUCCACUGACGGGUUGUGUGUGUAUGUGUGCGUGUGUGAUUAAUAGCAACAAAAGCACGCUGGAGUAAUUAGGACAAAUUGUUCAUAUGAAUCAUUCCUGGUGGGCAGUGACAGGUGAUCUCCUCUCCACUCUCUCCCGUGGAACACAUCCACACCCGCUUUACCCUCUGCCCUGUUCCAGUCGUGCUGCUAGGACCUUCCUGUUCAAACCUUCUGCAUGGGACCUCCAUCUGACUAACCUCCACAUACAUCGUCCACAUGAUGGAAUAAUGACAGAGGAAGAAAAGGGGCUUCAAUAUUAUGUUAUUUUAACAUUUUGUUGUUAGUAUUGCUUAUUCUAUGUCAGAAUCGUGUGUGUGUGUGUGUUUUUGCAUGCACAUGUGUACACACCUCUAGUCCCUGCCCUCUUCUGGGUGUGUGACGUGCGCAGGAAGGCUUGGGCCAGGUCUCUAGUGCAGCACACAGAGCAGAAUCACACACUACACCCAGCCCAAAGGUCAGUGCCUUUAGCAGCAAACACACACACACACGCCUCUCCUAGUCGCACUUCAUCCAGGAUUGGUAGCUUCUCACACUGUUCCUCUAAGGUCAGCAAAGGCCUUGUGUGUGUGUGUGUGUUUGGGCAACUUAGUUGGGACCCAGUUUAAACUUAAGGACCCCCCACAGAUUUAGUAAUAAUGUACGGCAUAAAUGUUUAACACACUCGCACAUUACUAAUAUCUCUCUUGAUUUUAAAUGAUUAUUGUGAUGUAUUUACCUUCUUUCAUUAAAUAUAUUUUUUUAAUUGAUCUUUGCAUAAUAUAUAUUUCUGUGUAAUGCAAAGCCGUACAUAUACUGUAUAUGGAUCAAAAACGAGAUGUGUGUAUGGUUUUGAUUCUGAAGGCAGUUAAUUUAUCUUUUUUCUUAUUUUUAAAACUUUUGCAUGAAAUAACAUGAUGAAGCUUUUCAUUUUUGAUCCAUAGUGUGUUUUUUUUUUUUUUUUUCUUUCGUUUGUAGGACCACCUCCUGGUGAAUGAUGGUGUUAAUCAUAGAGUUCAGACUACAGUGGUUUAUUGUGUUUGAUUGGUUGCAAGUGUACAAGUGCGUGUUGAUGUUUUACGGUGUCCUAUAUGAUGAGGACAUGGUGCAGACUCCGAAAUCACCAGUGCUUCAGAUUUAUGCAGCUCAAAUAAACUGUCUGUUCACAUAUGGACAUUUAAAAGACACACACACAGAGCAUACCUAUUGAUACUGUGUUUAUUAUUCCCACUGUAGGUUACAGAUAUUCAUUCUCCCUCUCCCUCUCUCGCGCAUGCACGCACGCGCGCACACACACACACACACACACACACGUGUGCACACUUUUUCUCCUCCUCUGGCUGAGGGCCUGAUGGACAGACAGACAGGCAGAGGGCAUUUGGUAUUCUGUUUCAGGCUGGGUAGAUUGUCUUAUUUUGGAAGCAGCAUGGUGGGGGGCUUUCUCUGCCUCUGCUUCACAGCUCGGGCUUCAAAGCACCAAAUUAAUGGCCAACAAAAUAGUGUGUCUCUGUCCGUCCCAUGUGGGGCCAACCCGUCGAGAGUUAUCAUUAAGUUCAGGAAUAAAUGAACAAAAAAGGAGAGAAGAGGAAGCGGGAGGAUGAAAAGGGGCAGAAUCCUGCCUGUUUGACAAACCUCAUAAUAUAAUGACCUCAGUGAUUGAGUUUUUCAUCAACACGCCUAGACAGGACUGAGUGUCUACAUGUCUUCUGUGUGUGUUUGUCCUCUCUUCUCCUUUAGAAAUGUGUGAGAGAGAGAGAGAGAGCACUGGAUCUAAGUACCUGUGUGUGUUGAAUCCAGGCAUGCUGAGAGUAUAUUUUGCUUGUUGUGCGUGUGUGUGCAUUUCGCUGAGUCUCUCUCUCUCUCUCUCUCUCUCUCUCUCGGCCUGUCAGAUCCUCUCAGUAGUGAGUGGCUGGUGGAAGGCAGCGUGGCUGCGGCUCUAUUUGAAGUUGUAAUGGUGUCAAAAAGUCAGGGCUGACUGACAGCCGUCAGUCCCACUGGGGCUCAUUAAAUCAUAACAACUUGACAAGGAAAUAAUUGAGCACUGAUGACAAGUUGAGGCCCGUUUAGAUGUUUUUAUUUUCUUUCAUUAUGCCUUCUGACUAUUAUGUUCAUUAAGAAAUUGCAUUAAACAACUCUUAGGGGGCUAAUGAUUUGUUUAUAUCCCCUUUUUUAUUAUUUAAACAGUAGCCGUGUCUUCUGAUACCUCAGCAGGCUGCUGCUAUCGUCUGCUGCAUCUAUUUUUCUCCACACACCCUUUUCUCUAUAUCUCUUUUGUCUCUCUCUUUUUUCCUUUCCCUCCCUUCCUCCUUCUUUCCCUCCUCCCUCUGCCUCAUUAUUUCUUCGUCACUCUCUACUCGUCUUCCUCCCAUCUCUCGAUAUUCUCUCUUUCCUUCUUCUCAUUGCUCUCUAAUUUCACCCCUUCUCCUUACUCUCAUCCUUCUAUCCUCCACAAUCACCUCUCCCCUUGCUUGCUCUCUUCCUCCUCAUUCUUUCUCAUCUCCCUCUAUCCUGUUUAUUCUCCUCUGUCUCUCUCUACCACAUUUUCCUCUCCUCAUUCUCUUCUCCUCUUUCCCUGUCUCUACCACAUUCUCCUCUCCUCUUCCCCUCUCCCUUCCUCAUUCUCCUCUCCUUAUUCUCCUCUUCCCCCUCCCUUCCUCAUUCUCCUCUCCUUAUUCUCCUCUUCCCCCUCCCUUCCUCAUUCUCCUCUCCUUAUUCUCCUCUUCCCCCUCCCUUCCUUAUUCUCCUCUCCCUUCCUCAUUCUCCUCUCCUCUUCCCCCUCCCUUCCUCAUUCUCCUCUCCUUAUUCUCCUCUCCUCUUCCCCCUCCCUUCCUCAUUCUCUUCUCCUCUCCUUAUUCAUCUCUCCUCUUCCCCCUCCCUUCCUUAUUCUCCUCUCCUCUCCCUUCCUCAUUCUCCUCUUCUCUUCCCCUCUCCCUUCCUCAUUCUCUUCUCCUCUCCUUAUUCUCCUCUCCUCUUCCCCCUCCCUUCCUUAUUCUCCUCUCCCUUCCUCAUUCUCCUCUCCCUUCUUCAUUCUCCUCUCCUCUUCCCCCUCCCUUCCUCAUUCUCCUCUCCUUAUUCUCCUCUCCCCCUCCCUUCCUCAUUCUCCUCUCCCUUCCUCAUUCUCCUCUCCUUAUUCUCCUCUCCCCCUCCCUUCCUCAUUCUCCUCUCCCUUCCUCAUUCUCCUCUCCUUAUUCUCCUCUCCUCUCCCUUCCUCAUUCUCCUCUUCUCUUCCCCUCUCCCUUCCUCAUUCUCUUCUCCUCUCCUUAUUCUCCUCUCCUCUUCCCCCUCCCUUCCUUAUUCUCCUCUCCGUUCCUUAUUCUCCUCUCCCUUCCUCAUUCUCCUCUCCCUUCUUCAUUCUCCUCUCCUUAUUCUCCUCUCCUCUUCCCCCUCCCUUCCUCAUUCUCCUCUCCCUUCCUCAUUCUCCUCUCCUUAUUCUCCUCUCCCCCCUCCCUUCCUCAUUCUCCUCUCCCCCCUCCCUUCCUCAUUCUCCUCUCCUCUCCCUUCCUCAUUCUCCUCUCCUCUCCCUUCCUCAUUCUCCUCUCCUUAUUCUCUCCUCUUUCCCCUCCCUUCCUUAUUCUCCUCUCCUUAUUCUCCUCUCCUCAUUUUCCUCUUCUCUUUCUCCUCUCCUCUUUCUCUUUUCCUCUUCCCCCACCACAUUUUCCUCUCCUCAUUCUCCUCUCCUCAUGCCCUUCACUCCUUCCUUCAGUCAUAGUCCUCACUCUCUUUUCCCUUCUUUCUUCCUUAGCCUGCUCUCCUCCUUGUUCCCUCUUCUAGUCCCUCCUCACACACUUUCCUAUUUUGCUCCUUCCUGCUCCCCCUCAUUUUCUCCUCUUGCAGCAUGAGCUAUGGAAUAGUCACUACCUUCUGAUAGGCUGCGUCUUAAUCCAGGGGAGAACUAUAACAGUAGGAGGGCUCACACUUUAACGUGUCAUUCAGUUGAUGUCAACCAUCUUUAGCUAGCAGGCCCUCAGCCAGCUGACAGAGGAACAGUGAUUAACCACAGCCCUCGCGUUCACUGAUGAUGAAACACUGAUAAUAGACCUACAGUGUAAAAGUGUGAGCAUGCGUACACACAGUGCUAUAGUGCGUCUUGAUAAUUUCACCUGAGCCAGUGGAAAAGCUUCCUUUUAUUUAUAAAUUAGCAAUUUCAAGCAACACUCCAGUGUCUUUUUUUUUUUUUUAAGCUCAAAAUGUAUACAUGAGGUCAUCAUGACCAGCUAAGAAUUCUGACAUGUUUCUCAGUGCUGAGAACUGAAAACCUGUUUGCUUAAAACUGUUGGUGUGGCAGUUAAUUUUUUCCCCAGUACAAGGAAAGGUUCUUGUGGAGGGUGACGCUGUGGAGAACAGCAGCACUUUUUUUUUGUCCCUGUCCAAACCAUUGUGUAUAAGUGUAAGUUGUACAUACAUGACACAGUCUAACAAUCUGUGAAAUACUGAAUGACAUGAACCUGAAAUGAUGUCCAUCAAUAUUGUUCCAGAAACUGGAAACAGUUUCUCCCUUUUUAUAGUAAAUGUCCAUGGAUUGGACAUGGAUGUGUUUGCUGUGAUCAUGUGCCUGGUAUAAUAUUUGCGUGUGUUUGAGAGUGCACACUGCAUCUGGACGCAGACUUCCUACUGAUCACAUCCAUCUCUCUCGAUUAGCGUGACUACUGUUCCUAUUCUUCCUUUGCUUUCAUUUGUCAGUGAUUUUUAUGGAUUGUGAUCUCUGUGGAUGUGUCGAGUGCUUGUCUAGUUGUAACACUGUCAUUAAAGCAGUAUUGUAUUUCAACA